UUUUAUAAUAACCGGGCUGUUCAUAACUACUAGACUUCUUAUUUCCUACACUUCCGGACGCCACCUGAAGGCAGCACGGAGCCAGCAUCCAGCACAUCACAGUGACGUCCUGUGCGGAUGCAGACGACAGAUGCCCUUACAGUCUCCACCGCAAGCUUCUUUCUGUUUUCUUCUUAUGUAAAAAAGGGAGCGUUUUAAAGCCUGGAAGAGUCACCAGCGAGAAUGCAGAAGAGCUCAGUGGUCGUGGUGGCGGAUAAAACGAGUCUGAAAAGGCCGUUUAUUUUUGCUAACGCUGUACAUAUGGCUUUGUGUUUCUUCAUGUUGAGGAUGACUGUUAUUUGGCAUAGGGACCUCAUACAAACUGGCAAGGCAACCAAAGACCGUAAACCAAAGAUGGUCCCCAGUAUUUCUGUAGCAAUGAUGUAUGUGAUCGAGGUUGGCUGCCUGCUGCUGUCUGUGCUCGGUGUGUUUGGGGCCUGCAAAGGGAAGAGAUGGUGUUUGAUUCUGUACGCAACUGGGAUGGCGGUGGCCAGUCAAACAAUAAUCAUCAGAACGGCACUGAGUUACCAAGACGUUUAUGAGAAACGUGUCGUCCGUGAGGAGUCCAAGCUGCUGGCCAUGAUGCCGCUCACUGCGCCCAACAAAGCCAACAGGACGUUGCUACAUAACAUCCAAGAGGAAUUGGAAUGCUGCGGUCUCAUUGAAGGGUACAAGGACUGGGGUGCAUCCAUCCCCGCCUCCUGUAACUGUCACUAUCCAGGAAAAUGUGUUCGUCUACGGGGCAGCGCCACUAUCGGGGCGCCGAAGAACCAGUAUGUUUAUCGAGAGCCUUGCCUGCCGAUUUACCUCUCUGAACUGAAGCUGGCCUUCUCCUUGGAGAUGGCUAUACAGUUCGGGAGCGGAGUAUUCUGGGUAAAGCUUUUUUUUUUUCUUUAUCACAUUUACAUCCAACUUCCACUACCUUGCUUCGCGUUCAGCUCCUUGAAUCUUACGCAUCGUUUUCUUGCGUUCUGUGUCUGUCCUCAGCUCAUCCUACUCGCCAUGAGCAUCAAACUGAUGGGGCAGAUCAAGAGGAAACAGGAGUUCAUAGCUCUCCUCCAGUCCAACAGAUAUGUUCCCGGUGCUUUCUAGCACAGCAGUACGUUUUAAAACACACACUUACUGACUCCUACAAGCAUACAAUGGUUUGAAUUGGCACAUGGAGCUGCGUACCAUAACCAGGCUGUAAUGUGCUGUAGCAAUAUAUGUUAUGAUUUUAUACAUGUUACUGCAUGUAACUGAUGUUUGGAAGUGAUCUACAUGGUUAGAUUAAUAUUAUCAUAUUACUGUUUGAAGCCUUACUGCUGUAAAACAAAGCAAUUUUACUUGUAUUUACAUGUUAUUCACACUUUUACAUGCUUCUGUCAUAUAGAAGAUUGUGCUUUCAAAGAAUAUUUUGUCAAGUAAGUUGUUUUUCUGGUGCUUUUUCCCCCCAUGGAACACGUAAGGAUGUCCCUUAAUAUUUUUUUAAGUUCAAUAUGCACAUAACUACCUUUUUUUUAUUAUUAUUUUUUACUUCAUGUGUUCAAAAAUGGUUUGAAAUUUAGCCAUUCUAUUAAUUAUUUUCACAUUUUCUGUAUUCCAACCUUCCGAGAUUAAUUCAGUGUUUUUAACAUGCAGUAGGCACUGCUGGGAUUCAAAACUGUAAAAUUAUGACUGCGGCUUUCUGCGCUCUCCUGACUUAAAAUGACGUUUGGUGACGAAAAAUGUAUUUUAAAUGCACUUAAGCUGCUUGAAAACCCUUUGGAAAUCCUGUAAUUUAUUGAUUCAUAAACUCUAUGGCUCUAAAACAUGAUCAUAAAAGCUCUCUAAGGAAAACCUUUCUUCAAAGCCGUUAUGCUAUAGGUAGAUAUGCCAAACAGGAAGUGCGUUUAAGGUGUUAAUCAAGCACAAAUAUGCCCUGUAUUGUUUGCUUCAUGUGACUCUGAAGAAAGUCACAACUUUGUUUAAGGCCAAUUUCUUAAAAACAUGUUUUUUUUAGUCAUAAUGUAGAUCCUCAGCAUUCUGGAAAAAUGUGGGAAAGUAUGGCAGGAUUUUCCUGGGUAGAGUAAGCAUUCAAUUAGAAACCAGAACGGAAAACGCAUUUUGAGGCUCCCCCCGUCCUAAAAACUUUAUCCAUUUAUUUGUUCAUCCAGCCAAACCUCAAUCUGUCAUCCCCAGGGCAUGAUAAUGCUAUCCAUCUAUCUGCUCAUCCAUUAUCUAAUUACUUAUCUGUUUGUGUUCUUCUUCUUCUCUUCCUUAUAAUCAUUUUUUUUUUUUGACACAUUAUUAAAUAUUUUUCAUAUAUUCAGCGAACUGGGCUAAAAAGGAAGGAUAUUUGGGCUGGAAAAAUAUAGAUUUUUGCCAUUAAAAAUGUGUAGGAACCAUAUACGUACUAUAUUACAUAUUAUCUCAAUCCAGUUGAUUCAUAGGCUAUCUAACAUUUUAUCAAAAACACUGCAGUAUUUUCUUUUCCCCACAAAAAGGUUCUUAGUGAGCUACCUCCAUCCCCUUUGUCGUUUUUGUACCAGAAAAUCCCUCUAGAGGGCACUGCAGAAACAUUAGAAUUAAAAAAAGAUGCUUUCCUGAAAAUGGCAGAUUUCCUUUACUAAAAUUAAAAUGACAGCAAAAUUCUAAUUUAAUUAUUCAUCAAUGUUGUCAGGGUUUGUAAACAGAAAUAUUAUCUCUAAAUUAGUUGUUUAGGCUUUCAACAACAACAAAAAAGUCUACUGAAAUGCGUUUCGUCAAUUUUAAAAUCAAAACCAACAAAUUUACAUUGGCUGAUUUUGAUCAACUACUAAAAAAAAAAAAAAAACUUGUUUUUUUUUUUAUAUUCAGUGCAUAUCUGAAAAUACUAGGAACUUCUACCAUCUUCAGUCUAUAAAGAACUACCUCUAUCAAAGAACCAGGACUAGAUUUGCUGAUGUGUAGGGUGGGGAAAAAAUCCCUAAAGUGAAUCAGUAAGCCUGGUCUUAAAAAAUUAAAUAAAAUAAAAAAAUCAGUAUUGAACAGUAAAAGCCCGAUUGGUGCAUCUUAAGCAGCUUUCAACAACUUCACUGUAUACAAAAAAUUGUGUUCUUGUAUUAUAUGCAAAUGUUCUUUUUUUUUUUUUAUAGAAAUUAGAUGAACAUUACAUAAAACUUCCACAUGCACACACAUGCACUUUCUGUCUUUUCUUUCUCCAUUAGUUUCACUGUUUGUGGAUUAAAAAUAGACUCUAACUUAACAUGCCCUCUGCAAUACAACCAGUUAUGUUAAAGAAGAUUUUUUUUUUUUUUUGUCCCUUAAGCACACAUGAAACUGCAUUAGAGUGAACAAUAAUUGUUGGAAAUUACUAAUAUUUAUAAGCUUCUUUCAGAACCUUAUUUUUAAACAGUGUUUACAAAUGCUUCUAUUGAAUAUAAUCAAGUAUUUCU